CAGCAACAGAGCUUAAAUUUACAGUUGCUUCUUAACAUAUGUCAGGAUGUUGCAAUAUAUGCCGCAUAGCUUGACACGGGCGCUGAUUAACUAUCAAAAUGAGGAGGAAGAAAAGAUAUUAAGCCUGGCAGUGGAUGCAGAUGACAAGCAACGCUUAAAGCAAAUGUAUGCAGCACUCAAAGUCAAAAACAGCGAUUUGAGGCGGAAGCACAGUGCCGACGAGGUGAACAUGUUAUGCCGCCGAACCAAGCUGCGCGUUAAUAUGACGCUCUUCAAUUGUGUGUGGGAUGCCAAGCGGCGACUGCGGCGUAAGGAUCGUCUGGCCAAGCGUUCCGAUUGCUACAUCAAUGCCAUGUUGAUCAGGGCCGUGCACAGGCGUGAGGUAGUGCCCUAUACGGAUGAUGAAAUAGCCAAAUGCAAUCACAUACGCAGCUGCCAGCUGAAGAAAGAUAAUAACUGCCGGCUCGAUCGUUGGCGCAGCAAACAAAAGUACAGCGAAUCGGUUGCACUGCAGGAAACGCCAACGCCAAAGGACGUUGCUCGGCUCAGUGUCAGCGAUAUCGGUGAAUCGCAUUUGUGGCAUUCGGAGACGUUGGAGCUUAAUAAUGAAGUCGGCGCACUGGAUGCCAUGCACAUCAAUAGCCUGUCAAUGUCCAUCGAUACACAGCUAAUCCACGCGCCAACUCCUGAGCUGGCGAGUAAUGAUGAAGAUUGGGCACUCGAUGCCAUGCUACUUAAUAUCGAGUCCAUGUCCAUUGAUGCACAGUCAACCCAAGAGCUGGAGAAUGAUAUGCCCCUCAAAGCCGAGUCAAUCACCAAAGAUAUGCAGCUGACACAGAUGCCCAACCAACAGCUAGAAGACUGGGCAAUAGAUGCCAUGCUCCUUAAUACCGAGUCAUUUGACAUUAAUACACAGUUGACACGAGCCCAAAUCCAAGAGCUGGAGAACAAUAUUGAUAACUGGGUACUCGAAGCCCUGCUUCUUAAUGCCGGAUCAAUUGCCAUUGAUAAACAGCUGAUAAAGAAGCCAAACGAGGAGCUGGAAAAUAACAAUAAUCUAGAUUGGGCAAUGGAUGCCAUGGUCAUUGAUAAACAAUUGACACAAACUCCAUCGCAGAGCGUGGGGCAUAAACUCGAAGACUGGGCCAUGCUGCUCAAUACCGAGUCCAGGACUGCGAAUGCGCAGACGCCAACCGCUGAUCCGGCUGGACAAUUGUGACGCAUAUGCCAUGGUUGACAAACACAUAACCAACAGUUCCUCCCAAGCUGUCGAGCAGACUGGAGAUGUUGACAUUUAGAAAUAAGUUUCACAGCAGACGUUCAAACCAAAUUGGGUUCCACAUUCAAAUCUGCACUUAAAGAAUCUGAGAUGAGAUUUAAACCCAAGUUUAAUUGAGCAUUUAACAAUUCGUUGUAAAGUCUCGAUGCCUGAUUGAGUAUUAUGCAGAACUAUAGAAACCUUGAGAGUUUACGUUCUUAAUAUCAAAUGAAUUCUAUCUCCAAAGCAUCUUGUUUCGUAGCACUUAAGAACUGUUUAAGACUAGUUUAAAUUGAAUCAAGUAGGCUUAAGUAUUGGCUUAAUGCUCAAGCAUUAUAAGCUAGAGGAGCUGUUAUUGUGCCUGAGAAUAUUUGAAAACUGUUUGUCAAAGUAAGUUUUUCUUCUUGUUAAGAUCUUUAAGAACUGUUUGUAAGUGAAAUCUUGGAGCAACAACAA